UGUUGCUGCAAAGAAACUAAAUUCCUGCUUUUAUAUUUGAAGCCAUCACAGUUUUUCAGUCCAUCUACUUUCAAUUCAAGGGAAAUUCUGCUUCAUCAAGUAUCUUCUUUCAUGGAAAACAAACAAGAAGAAGAAAAUAUGGAAAGUGUGUCUGAAGGGAAUGUGGUCCAAGAUCCCAAGGGGGAAGAUGAGAUGAAAGAUUCCUCAAUUGUAGAGGAGCUUACCGAAUAUGACCAGGAAUCACAGCGGGACGAUAUUUCAGAGCUUUUCUGUCGUAUCACUAGCGUGAUAUCUGAUGAUAUGACGAUGACCCAGAGGCAGCUAGAGGUAAAAUUAAUCCCUAAUCAAAGCUAUGAAGAAGAUAAGCUUGUGGAUGCAGAGAUGUACAAUGAUCUUGACUUGUAUCUAGCAGCUAUAAAUGGCGAUCUCGAUCACUUCAAAAUAAUUCUUUAUAGAAUUUCAUCGAGUGAUUCUGUAGAUGAUAUUUUGUCUAGCCUGAGCCCUACUCAAAACACAUUUCUUCAUGUAGCCGCCAAACAUGGAAAACUAGAUAUAGUGCGAAAGUGGAGACGAGUCAAUGGUAAAGCCUUGUGGGACAUCUCUUCUCAUAAUGAGACUGAGAAGCGUAAUCUGCUGAGAGCAGAGAUGGGAUGGGAACACAGCCUUGCAUGA